AUGACCACCCACAAAAUCCUCGUCCUGCCCGGCGACGGCAUCGGCCCCGAAAUCACCGCCGAAGCCCUCAAAGUCCUUUCCGCCUUCUCCUCCCAGACACGCACCUUCACCCUCCGCACCGAGCUAAUAGGCGGCUGCAGCAUCGACGCCCACGGUACCCCCGUAACGGACGCUGUCAUCCAAGCCGCCCUAGACUCCGAUGCGGUCCUGUUCGCGUCUGUCGGCGGGCCAAAAUGGGACAGAGUCCGUCGCGGCCUGGAGGGGCCGGAGGGGGGCCUGCUGCAGCUGCGCAAGGCGAUGAAUGUAUAUGGGAACCUGCGGCCGUGUAUAUCGCCAUGCAGGGCGGUGACGAGGGAGUUUAGUCCGUUCAAGGAGGAGGUGGUCGAAGGGGUGGAGUUUUUGGUGCUCAGGGAGAAUUGUGGCGGGGCGUAUUUUGGGAAGAAGCAAUGGACGAAUGGGGCUACAGCGCCCCCGAAGUCUCCCGCAUCGCCCGCCUGGCCGCCUACCUGGCCAUGCACCACAAAAGCCCAACCUUCUCCAACAACCCCCUCCCCCAUAAUCUCCCUCGACAAAGCCAACGUGCUCGCCUCCUCGCGCCUCUGGCGCCGCGUCGUCACCGAAACCAUCGCCACCGAAUUCCCCCAGCUCAAACUCACCCACCAGCUCGCCGACAGCGCCUCGCUGCUCAUGGCUACCAAGCCGCGCGUGCUGAACGGCGUGCUGCUGGCGGAUAAUACCUUUGGCGACAUGUUGUCGGACCAGGCUGGGUCGAUUGUGGGCAGCUUGGGCGUGCUGCCUAGUGCGAGCUUGAGUGGCGUGCCCGGGGAAGAUGGGAAGGAGGGUCUGAAGGGGUUGUAUGAGCCGACGCAUGGCUCGGCGCCGGACAUCGCCGGCCAAAGCAAAGCGAACCCCGUCGCCAUGAUCCUGUGCGUGGCGAUGAUGUUCCGCUAUUCGUUCCACAUGGAGGCCGAGGCUCAGUUGAUUGAGCAGGCUGUGUCCGCUGUGCUGGAGUCGGGGGUUCGCACUCCGGAUUUGGGUGGGAAGGCAAAAACGGCGGAGGUUGGGGAUGCGAUCGUCGAAUGUAUCAAGAAGAAUGGCGGUUCGUAG